CAGAGGUUUUCGGAGCCAAUACCAAUAGCUGAUUUUUAAGGAGGCAUAUCGGCCGAUACUGAUCUGAUUUCUGAUGCAGCUGUGUGCAGCUGAUGGCCAAGCUGGUCGCUGUCCCUUGUGCUCUGGCAUGUACAUCUAUUAGUGUAUAUGCUGCAACAGAAGAAGGAUCAAAAACCCACCCAAUAAAGCCAAAUCAGCUUCCCAUUUAUUGUGCACCACCUCUGAAAUCUAAAUACAUUGAAGAACAACCUGGUCGUUUGCAGAUGGGCUUUUCUACAUUAAGAAAGACAGCUAGUCGCUAUGUUAAAUGGACCACGGAUGCCUAUGUCUUCGUUAAAAAUGGCAUAAUGGACUCAGUCCAAUUUGGCAAAGAUACAUAUGUUUAUCUGAAGAAUCCACCUCCAGAAUUUCUUCCAAAAGUUGGUGUAAUUACAAUUUCAGGCCUAUCCGGUAUAGUCCUCGCAAGAAAAGGUUCUAGAUUUAAGAAAAUUGUUUAUCCAUUAGGACUUGCCACUUUAGGCAUAUCAGUUUGUUACCCAGCUCAGUCGGUAAAAAUCACUAAGGUAACAGGGAAAAAGGUAUAUUCUGCAAGCCAUCAAACGUAUGAAACAAUACAGUCGUUAUGGACAAAAAGCUCUUCUGUCAAAGAAGAAGGCACAAAGCUUAGUUCGCAUCUUCAGGUGCUGGAACCACUUGUAGAAGGAGGUAGUAAAAGUGCAGAGGGUCAUAAAACAACCCCCGAAUCUCAGGUGACAGUAAAACUACCUCCUAUAACAGAAUUUGCUGCCAUGAAGACUCAGAGCCCCCAAAAUGCAACAUCUGUGUCAGCAGAAAUAAAAAUUCCAAAUGCGGUCUCAGAUGUAGUGAAGACAACAAAAUUUAAACCUGACCCAAGGCUUAUGGAUCAUGGGCAGUCCAAACCAGAAGAUGUGGAUAUGUAUAGUACUAGAAGCUAAGGUGGCUAUUUGCAGGUCUAUGGAAACUCCUAAAGAUGUCAAAUUAAAAUGGAAGGAUUAAUGAUUGUAUGAUUGAUACUGUGUGUAGUAUAAUUUAAUCAGGUAUUUUCUAAAAUCUCAAUGUGUACAGUUUUGUCCUUGUCUGUGGCAUAUUUUGUUUCUUACCACCUAUAAGAAGUUAACAAAGAAUUCAGUAUUAUGUUAAUUAUUUUGAAUUAUGAUUAGCUUCUUGACACAGAGAAUUAGUUUUUUCUCAAUAUAUGCUUGCAGUAGAGUGUAUCAGGACUGUUAGUGCCAAGUUCUUAAUAAGCAUAAAUCACCCUUUCAGGGAAUAUUUCAAAAUGUAAAUAUAUUUCCAUUUUCCCUCCAGCCAGUUGUUUAAAGAUGGCAAGAAAUCUUCUUUCAUCUUUUGUUUUUCUCACCUUGUUUCCAUUUCUGCAGUGUUAUGGUAGCACUUGCCCACAGUGUUGGAAUAAUUAGUGCAGCUGAAAUACUAAUACAAAAGUAUCUGUACUGCUUCUAGUUAUAGGAGGCAGCCCAUGUGGAACAGAGCAUGUUUGAGGGUGGUGCUGCUGCCCUGGCAUGGUAAGUUUCCGGUAUAAACCUGCCUUAAAAAGAUGUUGGGCAGAGUGGGUGAAUCCUGAGUCCUGGUCAACUUCUUAAGUAAGAGCAUGGGUAAUUUUGCAUCUAUUCCCCCAGGUGAGUGAGUAGAUACAAAGAUAAUGGAAUAACAGUCAGCUUAUCAGAAAAUGGAUACAACCAUGGGGUUACCCAGCACCAUUGAGAAGGGAGAUCCUUUGCAAGAGAUACGGAGGAAGCUGAUGGGGAAACAAGAGGGACAAAACAGAGGUUGAUCCACGUUGUUUCCCAAGAAAUGUUGCAGAUCUCCCUGGAAUCCAUCGAGUACCUCCCCACAUUUAUUACCCUUCAACUUCUGAACUGAGGAAGGUUUUUCUAGUCAACACCCAACCUGACCUCCACACACUGAAAAAGUAGUCUGCUACUGCCCAAGGCAGGGAAAGACACAAAGGAGAGAGUGUACCCCAACAUAAUAUUUAACUUUGCUGUUUCUUAAGCACAUUGUUCCCAAGAGAAAAGUGAUGUGUUAUAAUACAAAAAGGAUUUCUAGUAGUCAAAUAGUAUCCAAGAGAUUCAUUGGACUAUCCUCUAGGUAAUUGCUUCAGAAUCCUCUAAGAUAUCUCAUGAAAUGAUGAGAGAAAAAAAAUCAAUGUAUGGCUCAUGAGGUUGUAUGUCAGCCUAUACCUUGUUAGUAGAUCACUGAAUAAGGAACUUCCACAAGAAUUUUUUACUUUUUUCCGGGGAUGGGAUGUCAUGAUGUUGUUUUCCCAGAAGAUGUUUCUGGGUGGGUGGACGUCUGUAAUGAGGUAUAUAUACCCUACCCAGCAACAACUGAAUGAGGGGCCUAAUUAAGUUGCCCGUUGUGGCCAAGCUGCCAGUUUGAAACAGCAGUGAUAAAGACUACAGCUCAGUCAGAAAGGGGCAACAGAGAAUCUGCAGGCUGCCAUAGAUAGGCUUCAGAAAUUUGAGUUGAGAGAGGUGGUUGAAGGAGCAAUCUAAUAUUAUCACAGCAUGAAAAAUGAUAGGUAAAGUAAGAGCUAUUUUGGUAAUAUGCAUGUUUACUCUAAAUAUAAAUAGGCAUGCAGGACAGUCCACACAGUACAGUAACAUUUUUGUAAUGUAUCUGUUUGGUGCAGAUAGAGAGGUGGAACAAAAUAAAAGAUGAGCCAGUCUCAAUAGUGUCUAUUUUUCUAGGAGAAAUCAUGACAGAAACUUUUAGUGGUACCUAACAAUAAUGGCAAGGAAUGCUGCUUAUGAUGUAGAGAAGAUACUUAAACUUGAUUAAUCCUUUUUAAAUGCACAACACAAGUUAGAAUUACUGGGUAUAAACGGAAGAUGUUGUAUUUUGCUAAAAGGAAAGUUGGUCAGAUCAAAUUAAUCUGAUUUUGCACACAUUUUGGAAUGGUGAGUGUGAGUCUUCAUUGUUAUUCAGUUGCCAUUCUGAGAAGAGUCUCUUUGUCAAAUUUGAAAAGAUGCCAGCCCUCUUCAGUAGAAAGAUCUGAAGCUCCACGUCUCACAUAGUACUCGAUAGACGGCUUGUUCCAGAUGACUACAAGGAAAUGCAUGCGGCUACAGUUGGUCUCAAUUGCUAUCUGUUAAAAGUAAAUAUUCUGUAUUACUUGCAAGGCACUAUUUUGGAACUCAUUUUUCAUAUUAGUUGGGAUACUGUUCUGCAUAUAGAGAAAAUGGUCUGUGUAGGAAGAGUCAUUGGUACCAUGUGAGGAACUAUUGUACACACAGUAGAUGCUGAAGCAGUUCAUUUUUUCUAACAAAUGAGUCCAUCUUCUCACAUAGAUCAGUAAACACUCAAGAAAACAGCAACACUUUGAGACUUAAUUGUCCUUGAUGACACCUUAUCUUUUAUUGCCAUCAUUGUAUUCAUGGGACCAAUGAGUCAAUAGGGUGCUGGAUUAAACAACUCUUAGUUACUGAAAAGAAAAGGGCAGUAUGAAAACCUAGUCUUUGGGUCCAAUUCUGGAGAAUUGUGUGAAACAAGUAAACAGGUUUGGAAGAACUAGAUACUCCUUCAUGAGGAGUGGCAUCUUCAGUACAAACUCUGGUGCUGAUUCACAGCUGCUAGUAUCGCAUAAUGGCUGAGAGUUGCUCUGCUGUUUUGUAUAGGAGUUUAGAUCAAGCAUGUGUCCUGGCCAACAUAUUAUAUUUACCUAAAUCCAAGGUGACUUCAACAUUUAAGAUGAUUUCCACCCCCUCCCCCCAUUAGAUUCUAUACGUGGAAAAUGUAUAAAUGUGUUGUUAUUUUCUAUGUAUAGAAUUUAAUUACUGUCAUCUUAAAUUUGUCCCUUCUACCAUUACCCUGCUGUCUGUGUCCCGCCCCACCAUUAAAUGCUUGUGCCCCUAGCACCUGCUGCACGCUGCUACUUGCCACCCCUGCUGCCACUUGCCCUCAGUUGCUGCUCCAGCUCUGGCCCCCACCCAGCCAGAUGGUAGCAGUGGCAGCUCUGGCACUGGGACCCUAGGAAAAACACAACUUUAUAAAAUCUACAUUCUCCAUGUUUGUCAUGUUAGUCCUUAAUGUGGAUUCUGUAAAAUGAAUGCACAGAUAAAAAUCUUACAUUCUACCAUAAUAAAAUGAGGAAAAUGACUGUUUAAA